AUGGACUCCGAUGACGACUUCAACAGCUCGCAGGCGAGCGGGGACGACUUUUUGGAUGACCAGGAUAGCGAUCUUGGUCUCGAGGACGACUCCGACUUCGACAUGGACCAGGAUGACGUGGGCUUCGAGUCGCAGGACAAGGACAUGGGCCCCCGAAAGCAGGCUUAUGAGGUGGAUUUCAAAGUUUUCGACCCUCAACAAAUACAAGGCUCGCAGGACAGACAGAUCGACGAGGUGUCAAGCAUCCUCGGCCAGCCGCCCGAAGCGACCGCGAUCCUCCUACGCCACCUGCGAUGGAACAAGGAGCGCUUGAUCGACCGAUACAUGGAUAACCAGGAGGAAAUUCUUGAGAGCGCUGGCUUGGGAGAGACUGCGGCGAAUAACCCACCCAAGAUCUCGAAGGUCGCGGGUUUCGUUUGCGAUAUUUGCUGCGAGGACGAUCCGAGCCUGGACACAUUUGCGAUGAAAUGCGGACACCGGUUCUGUGUCGAAUGCUAUCGGCAAUACCUGUACACCAAAAUCAAAGAAGAGGGAGAGGCAGCCCGCAUCAGAUGCCCCGGGGACGGGUGCAACCGAAUAGUGGACUCGAAGUCUUUAGACCUGCUUGUAGCAGAGGAACUCAGAGAUCGGUAUCACGAAUUGCUUACACGAACGUACGUUGACGACAAAGACAACCUGCGAUGGUGCCCAGCGCCGAACUGCGUGUACGCUGUCGAGUGCGGCGUUAAGAAUAAGGACUUGAUGCAGAUCGUACCGACCGUCCACUGCGAAUGCUCUCACGACUUCUGCUUCGGCUGCUCGCUCAACGACCACCAACCCGCACCUUGCGCUUUGGUGAAGAUGUGGCUAAAGAAGUGCGAAGACGACUCCGAGACUGCUAACUGGAUCUCAGCAAACACAAAAGAAUGCCCUAAAUGCAACUCGACUAUAGAAAAGAACGGUGGCUGCAACCACAUGACCUGCCGAAAGUGCCGUCAUGAGUUCUGUUGGAUGUGUAUGGGGGUAUGGUCUGAGCACGGUACUAGCUGGUACAACUGCAACCGAUUCGAGGAGAAGAGCGGUUCAGAAGCGCGAGAUGCUCAGGCCAAGAGCCGAAUGUCGCUUGAGCGGUACUUGCACUACUACAACCGAUACGCCAACCACGAACAAUCAGCGAAGCUGGACAAGGACAUAUACCUCAAGACGGAGAAGAAAAUGCAACAGUUGCAAAACACAACAGGCAUGUCGUGGAUUGAGGUUCAGUACCUCGAUACGGCGUCGCAAGCUUUGCAACAAUGUCGACAAACCCUCAAGUGGACCUACGCUUUCGCAUACUACCUAGCUCGCAACAACCUCACUGAGAUAUUCGAGGACAAUCAGAAAGAUCUGGAAAUGGCCGUGGAGAACCUAAGCGAGAUGUUUGAGAAGCCCGUUGACCAGCUCCAGGGGCUGAAGGUCGACAUGAUGGACAAGACGUCAUACUGCACUAAGCGGCGAGUCAUCCUUCUCAAUGACACCGCUGAGAACCUCAAGCUAGGCAACUGGGAAUUCAAUGUCAAGUUCUCAUGA